AUGGGAAUAAGACAAUCAUAUUAAAUUUAAAAUGAAGAUUUUUAAGAGAUAUUUUAGGCAUUUAAUUAACAAUUUAUAUUAGCAUGUCUUAUUUUAGGUUUAGAAUAUAUUCAUUCAAAUAAUAUAGUCAUUGUAGGUUUAAAAGCUGAGAAUAUAUUGUUUGAUGAAUACGGAUAUUGUUGUAUUUCAGGUUUUGAACAUGCUUUUAUAGAAGAUGAUUCAGAUGAUGAAUUUGAAGAAUAAAAUAGUAAAUAAUAAGAAUUUAUUUCUAAAAGUUUAAUUACUUAAUAUCUUGCGCCAGAAGUUUUAUUAAGAUAAUAACCUAGCUUUGAAGCUGAUUAUUAUUCUCUAGGCAUUAUAUUAUAUGAAAUAACAACUGGAAAUAAAGCAAUAUAAGGAAAUUAUACACACGAAGAUGUUAUAAGAACUAUUUUGAGGGAUAAAAUAUAAGUAAAAUAAGAAGAUUUACCUGAAGAUUGGGAUCCAUUUGGAGCUGAUUUUAUGAAUAAAUUAAUAUAGAAAAAACCUUAAAAUAGAAUGGGGUAUUAUGGAAUUGAAGAUAUUAAAAAACACUCUUGGCUAAAAAACAUGCCUUGGCAAAAAAUAUAAAAAAAAAAAAAUUGUUGA